AUGGCGUCGAUAAGCAAUGGAAACACGCCAACUUUGCCGGAGGAGGUAGGCAAACCCCCGGAGGGUGUCGUCUUGCCACCCAAAGAUAUUCGAGCGAUCGUGGAGAAGACCGCAGGUUAUGUUGCAAGGAACGGUAUCGUCUUCGAAGAUCGCGUACGCGAGAAGGAGCGCAAUAACCCGAAAUUCUCAUUCCUCAACCCAAACGAUCCUUAUGCGAGCUUCUAUCAGUGGCGGCUUACGGAAAUCAAGGAGGGUAGGGGAACUUCUGUCUCUGCAGGGCGACCGGGCGAGCUAGCUGCAGUUCCUGAACCGGAGCAACCAACGGGUCCCGAACCGCCAACAGAAUUUCACUUUUCAGCGCGGAUGCCGAUAAUCAACGCGCAAGAUCUGGAGGUCGUUAAACUUACCGCUCUAUUUGUGGCGAAGAGGGGGAAAUCGUUCAUGACAGCCUUAUCCCAGCGAGAAGCCAGGAAUUUCCAGUUCGAGUUUUUGCGCCCGCAACAUAGUCUCUAUCAGUUUUUCACACGAUUGGUCGACCAAUACAUCAUAUUGCUACGAUCGGAAGGACUUGACCAGGCGACGUCCGAAAAGACCCGUCUAACGGAGCUCGAGCAUAAUGUGCAAAACAAGUAUCAUGUUUUGGAUCGCGCUAAGAAGCGCGCCGAGUGGGUGAAGUACCAGGAACAGCAGAAGCAAAAGAAGGAAGAGGAGGAAGAACAAGAACGCAUCUCUUACGCGCAGAUUGACUGGCAUGACUUCGUGGUUGUCGAAACCGUGCUAUUCACAGAAGCCGAUGACCAGGUUGACCUUCCCCCGCCCGCCUCCCUCAACGAUCUUCAGUCUGCUUCGUUGGAGCAAAAAGCUAUGAUGUCCCUAAACCCUCUUCGCAUCGAAGAAGCCAUGCCGACAGAGGAGGAAACGCCGACAUAUUAUAACGCCUACCCGGUCCAACCAGAGCUGGUGCCCCAGCCGGUCGCCCAGCCGGCCGGACCAGCAUUCCCUCCUCAAGUACAACCUCCCCAACCCGUUCCAGUUGCUGCUGCCGCGGCGCAGGAGGAGGAGCAGCGUAUUCGCGAGCGGAUGGAAGCUCGCGAUCGUGCCGCUGCAACUCAAGCGGCCGCCAAAGCCGCCCCAGGUCAACAGCCGAUGCGUAUUCGCUCAGACUAUGUCCCACGUGCGCAGGCGCGCCGUCUCAACCAGUCUGGCGCAACAGCACUCUGUCCCAACUGUCACCAGCAGAUCCCAGUUGCCGAACUGGAUCAGCACAUGCGUAUCGAAUUGCUCGAUCCUCGCUGGAAAGAGCAGCGUGCCAAGGCCGAAUCCCGCAGUGCUACAACCAACCUGUCAACCGCCGACGUGGUCAACAACCUCAAACGUCUCGCCAGCCAGCGCAGCGACGUCUUCGAUUCUACAGUGCUCCCGGGCGCCCCCGAUCCAGAAGAAGAAGCGAGGAAAAAGCGCAUGGCGUUCGAGAAUGCCCCCGGCGCAGGACCGACGCCGCCGAUGGUCGGUCCUGCCGGUGGCCCACCCAAUCCUCAAAACAUGAAUAUCGAAGAACAGAUCAGACACCUUCACGAGCGUUACCGGCAAUGA